CCUGGCGUGCGAGCUGUGCCCAUGACUCCCGCCAUCAGCAGCGGCACAAAGCCAGCAAGUAUGGAACAGCGGCGACAGCGCGUCAUGACGACUGAGCAGCGGCAGCCGCUCCGGCACCGCCAACCGCACCACAAGUUUUCGUGGGCAGCGCGGCCAGUUGGCUCCGGCGCCUGCAGCUUCCAGUCCCGCGCGGAGGCCUGGGUUAGAUUGCAGACGCCGGCGCCCGGUGCAGCCACCAUACAGCCUGAGCCGAGCACCGGUCGUGGCUAGUAGCAGCUGCGGCGGCGCGGCCUUACGCCUUACACUGCAGUUGGGUCCGGCGCCAGCAGCUCCCCGUUCCGCGCACUCAACGUACUGCUGACUGCUUGCUGGAGCCGUGGGGCCGGAGGCCUGGGUUAGAUCAAGCGGGGCGCGCUUUGGAGCCCGAUAGCGCUUAUACGCCCCA